AUGGCGAACGACACGAACAACACCGUCGUCUCCAACAAGAAGGUCAUAAACUUCAAUGAUAUUGUACGCGUGGAGGUUGGCGUUGACGACCAUUUCAAGGUAUUCACCGUUCACGCCGAGUUCCUCACGGCUCGUUCACUUUUCUUCAAGAAGGCACUAUCCGGCGGCUGGAAGGAAGCAGAGGAACGGAUCGUGCGACUUCCCGAGGACGAUACGGAUACCUUCAUUCUCUAUUUGCAUUAUCUCUACAAGAGCGAACUGCCUAUUGAACCCGAUCCAGUACCUUCCGGAUACUCGGGAGUCGAAGAAUACAUCAAGCUAGCCAAGCUUUAUGUUUUCGCCGAGAAAAUGCAAGAUAUUCCUUGCAAGAACGCUAUCAUCAAAGCCCUUGUUAGUCGGAUCUACAUGAAGCGCGACAGCGGUCGCUGGUACGCAUUUAGCACCUUCUCUACCCGUGUCAUCUAUAAGGGUACACUGCCUGGUUCGCCAGCACGUAGACUAUUGGUCGAUGUGUUCACCUAUAAUGCCGAAGACAGUUGGAUCGCCGGGAGCAGUGCUUGGCCAGAGGAGUUCGUGCGCGAGCUCGCAAUUAGUCUCCUAGGCUUCCGAGCUAUCUCAGACAGCCAUCCAGCUAUGAAGGACGGUGGCAUGGCAUACAUGGAGGUUGAGGCCAAGGAAGUAGCUUGA